UUAACAACAACAACAAUAAUGGCGUCUUUUGCAACCCAUCUUGUUGUUGUUGUUACCAUGCUAGUCGCAGCCGUGGCCGCCGCGGAGAUGCUUCAAGAUGUUUGUGUUGCUGAUUUGUCUAAUGCGGUCAAGGUCAACGGAUACACUUGCAAGGACUCAACACAAAUAACACCGGAAGACUUCUACUUCAAAGGCUUAGCUUCCAUCGCCGCCACAAACACCUCCACCGGCUCAGUCGUGACCGGAGCCAACGUAGAAAAGCUACCAGGACUCAACACUCUCGGCCUCUCCAUGUCCCGCAUCGACUACGCCCCAAAUGGCAUAAACCCGCCCCAUGUCCACCCACGCGCCUCCGAGAUCAUUUUCGUCCUUGAAGGUCAGCUGUACGUCGGCUUUGUAACAACCAGCGGAAAACUAAUCGCCAAAUACCUUAACAAAGGAGACGUUUUCGCCUUCCCCAAGGGACUCCUCCAUUUCCAGAAGAACAUUGCCAACUCUCCAGCAUCUGUACUCGCAGCCUUCGAUAGCCAACUGCCUGGAACACAAUCACUUGUGGCCUCUCUCUUUGGAGCUCUUCCUGACAACAUUCUCGUCAAGUCAUUCCAGCUCAAACCCAAACAGGUUAAGAAGAUGAAAUUGAGAUACACACCCAAGAAAUGAGUUUGUUUUUGUCUCUAUUGUAAACACUAAGCAAAUAAGAAUGAAUCAAGAUAAAGUUUGCAA